AUGGAAAAUGAUGGGCAAGGUGACUUUAAACUAACAGAUGUACGAUCUCCGAAUGACUGGGAACACGCUGAAUUGGGUUCUAAAGACCGAAACAUAAAGUUCUUAAAAUUAAUGGGAGGAAAUCCUGUACGUGACCAUAAAGGAAAACUAGUAAUCGGAGAAAACAUCGAUAAUGUGCACGGUCAAAAUAAAGAUACAUCUGUUAUCAAUGAAGAGCUAGAAAAUCAGUACCUUCAGGGUUUGGAAAAGAGUAUGCAACCAAAUUGUCACCAUGGUUUAGGAAGCCAUACAAGUGAGUCAGCUGACUCGUAGACGUCCUCUUUUUUUAGUACUAAUCGGUCGAUCAACUCUUAUAUUGUUAUUUAUUUGGGUUUUUAUUUUGCGAUUGCUUUGUACGUUCUGUGAUGGUACUUAGCAAAAUGAAUUCUUUUACCAAUAAAUAUAUAACCAAUGGUUAACCAUUGGUUAUAUGUUAGUGCCCGAAAUAUGUUUUGAACACAACCAAAUCUAAUGCUUUCGAAUAAGUACUGAAGUGCUAAUUGCAUUCUGGGUAGGUCACAUCACUUAUUCAUACCCUUUGAGGCUGUCUGGAUAUUUUCAAAGAACAAACCGUUUUCUUUAACACUAGUUUUAACUAGUCAUGAGAAAUCUAAAUCUUUGUUCCGAAUUCAAGUUGCUUCUAAAGCGAUCGCGAUAGCCAUUUGCUUCUUAUCGUCAAUCAGGAAACAAUACAUCUGAGUUGUUUAUGGUAGAAAAAAAAUGAAUAACUAAGAAUAUAUUGUUUUUACAUGAAUAUUGAGCUUUUUGGAGUCAGCUAUAAUUCCUUAGACGUUAGGGUUCGGGUUUGUGACUG